CUCUCUUAUAAUAAUACCUUAUAUUAACAUUAGCUCUCUCUUAAGAAAAUUAUUCAUAAACUCACAUUUCUUUUAUUUUCUUUUGUGAAAAUGAGAUUUUUCUCAAGCCAUGGCAAACCACCUUGCCCUAAUAAUUCUUCUUCUCCAAUUCAUUUUUCUCUUUCAAAUGUUUUAUAUGAAAAGUUUAGAAGAAUCACUAAGAUUCAAAGAUCCAAAGCAUUUGUGAAAUAUAGGAUACAAAAUGAGAUUAGAAACACUAAAUUGAAUCCACCUACACAUAUUAGCUAUGGCAAAGUGGUUGAUCAUGACUAUUUUCACUUUCAAGGAGCCAUUAUAGGUCCUUGUGAUACCCCAUUUGAAGGUGGUGUUUUCUUUGUCUCCAUCAAAAUGCCUUAUAAUUAUCCUUUCAAGCCUCCCAAAGUUGUUUUCCUUACAAAGGUUUUUCAUCCAAACAUAAGUGAAGAUGGGACAAUACACAUUGAUUUUUUAGGAAAGACAUGGGGAGCUGCAUGGACCAUUGAGAAAAUAUUGCUAGGGUUGUGUUCAUUCCUUGAUGAUCCAGACCCAGAAGACCUUCUUAACCCUAUCUCCUAUUUGUACCAAAAUCAUAGAGAAACUUACAACAAGAUAGCAAGAGAGUGGACUAAGAAGUAUGCCAUGCCUUAGUUUUUCUUUUUAUAUAUAUAUAAAACCAUAUAUAA